ACUUCAACUUCACUUUGAUCACUCCUGCUACUUCAAUGGCUUCCAAAAACCCUAAUUCCUCUUCAAUGUAUCCACAACUACUAAUUGACCAAAAUACCCUUUUCCCCUUUUCAACUUCUCGCCGAAACCUUUACCCGACCAUCGACAUGAACGACCUUGUAGAAAAUCUCUUCCCUGAAAAUGACGAGACUACCCCUGAAGAACAACAUUACUCACCAUCUUCCCCUCCUGAAACCCUUCUCGUUAUCCCCGGUUCCAUUCUUCACUUGAUUGCUAAGCACUAUUCCAUUGAACUCGCCACUGGCGAUUUAUUUCUACAUCGUCUCCGACAAGGGAACAAUAUCGUCGCUCUACUUAUUUGUGUUGGAAAUGAAAUCCAGUGGCCGUUGACUAAGGACCUUGCUGCGGUAAAGCUCGAUGAUUCGCAUUACUUUUUCUCAUUUCAAGCUCCCAAAGACGAUGAAUCGGAUAAAGAUUCAAUCAGUGAUUUGUUGAAUUAUGGUUUGACGAUUGUUUCCAAGGGACAGGAGAAAUUAUUGAAGGAUCUGGAUGGUAUUUUGGAAAAUUACAGCAAUUUUGCGGUGCAGAAAGUGGAGGAAAAGGCCGCGGUGGGAUUGGGUGGACCGGUGGCGAAGGAGUUGUCACCGGCGGAUUUAAAGUCGGAGAAGAAGAUGGAGGUGUUGGAAGAGCAAUGUGCGGCGUAUUGGACCACAUUGGCGCCCAAUGUGGAGGAGUACAAUGCCAAGGCGGCAAAGUUAGUUGCUUCAGGCUCAGGACACUUGAUAAAGGGGAUUUUGUGGUGUGGAGAUGUUACUGCAAAUAGAUUGAAGAGGGGGAAUGAGGUUCUGAAGAAUAGGUUUAAGACAGGUUCGAAGACUGAGGUCAGUCCUGAGACGUUGAAGAGGAUCAAAAGUGUUAAGAGAGUGGCAAUAGUGACGGAGAAAAUGGCAGUUGGGGUCCUAUCUGGAGCUGUGAAGGUUUCAGGAUUCUUUACUAGGUCCCUUGCAAAUUCCAAAGCAGGAAAAAAGCUCUUUAGCCUCCUUCCAGGGGAAAUGGUUCUUGCCACUCUUGAUGGAUUUAGCAGAAUAUGUGAUGCCGUUGAAGUAGCUGGAAAGAAUGUGAUGUCUACAUCAGGCACUGUGACGACUGAUUUUGUUUCUCACAGAUAUGGAGAAGAAGCAGCUAAGGCAACCAGUGAAGGGCUUCAUGCUGUAGGGCAUGCUUUUGGGACUGUGUGGGCUGUAAAUGAUGUAAGAAAGGCUCUGAAACCCAAAAGUGCUUUGAAGUCCGCUGCCCUGGCCAAAUCUGCUGCCAAAGCUGCUUCUACGGUCGCUGCAGCUGAUAAGAAGGCUAAGAAUUCAAAGUCGUCACUUAUAAGUGUGACCUUGUUUGACCUACCAUUGCAGGUAUCAAUGCGAUAUUCCUUUGUACCUGUAAAGCAGUAUGUUGUCGUGAGAAGCUCAAUUUAGCUGUCUCUCUUAUUAGCAAACUGAUGUCAAUGUGGGUGGUGGAGACAAGCAGCUCUUAGCAAUGACCAUUAGACAUCACAAGAAAACACUCGAGAUAACAGGCAUUGGCUCUGACCUCUUCAUACUAUUUUUGUGUAUGUGUGUGUGUAUACUAGUGAGAGCACCAACCCACCUUCUGUAAACUGUGAAUAGGUCAAGUUUUCAGUCUUUAUCUUCAAAUUUAUUUUUAUGUGAUACCAACU